AUGGCAUCGACACUCGAUGAUGAGAUUGAGCAGCUCCGCGAGAGGGCUGUGGUCUUGCGAAAGCAGCUCCAAGUCCAGACCUCCACACUGCUCUCCGCGUCGAGAACUCGCCAGAUUCUCAAUGACGACAGCCAUCGCGAUGCUACCACAAGAAAGAAGCUGUUGAAGCUGUGCUACGCCCACGAUGCCCACAAGCAACAGGGUCUCUACCGCGCAGGGGCCUCCGUGACCGCUUUCCGCGUUCGUGACCCGGACCCAAACGCCGUCGACGGCGGGCGCGUGCUCGGCCUUCGCUUCGACGUCAUGAUGGGUGCGCAGUUUCUGCGUCCGUACUACGUUCUUCUCAACCGUGACACCGACCGUGCCCGCCCGAGCGGCCGCAGCCGAGGCCAGUCCGAUGAAGAAGCACCUCUUCGCGUGCAUCGCCAUACUGUCCCGCCUUCUGUUCCGCUCGGCGGACUUGCAACGCGGCAUCUCGGCGCCACCCAGUACGCGCCCUCGGGGCCCAAGUCCCCAGACCUGUAUGGGUUUGCACGUGCCACGCGCAGGGCCCUCGUUCGCUAUCAUAACCGCCUGGCCGUGAUCGGCGACCUGCGCAAGAGCGUACAGCAAAGGGCCUCGAAGGUGGCAGCCGAGGCCGCCAGCAGUGGCGUUGGUAUCGACGCCAGUACCCUACUUGCCGAUGUCAGCGGUGCCGAUGCCGAAGCCAAGCAGAUCCGAUUCGACUGGGCCGACGGGCGCACAGGCCGUCUUGUGCUGGACGACGACGGCGACAUCCAAAAGAUGGUCGUCAUUGGUGCCACCGGUGCGCGCGACCGGGCUGCUGUGCGGGCUCUUCUGGCCGGUGAGAAGACAGCGAUGGGCCUUGUUCAGCACAUGAGUGGCUCAUGA